GGGGACACAGCGCCAUCGGGGCCCGUCAGGGGGUGGUUCGGUCGUGGGAAGUCCCAGCGAGGCCGUGCCGGGCGGGCCGCUCCAACCCGGCCCUGAGGGAAAGGCCUGUGGUGCUGAGCGCUGUGAGAACACAAAGCCUGAGGGCGGUCAGGGCCCCGGGCUGCCCGAGUCACUGUGAGACAUAAGGGCUGGGUUCGGAGUGUUCUGUGGGGUCCGGAUCUGCUGCUCCCUGUGGGCCCAGGACCCGCUGGGCUCAUCCCGUGGUUCUGGGCUUCGUUCUCCCCUGCGCUCGUUGCUGCUGCGCUGCGAGGCACUGAAAGAAGCCGUGAAAGAAGCCUCCAACGAAGUUGCUGACCACUUGCCAGACUUCCUCUCCAAGCUGUUUAAAUGAGAAUGUCCCUGGCACAAAGAGUACUACUGACAUGGCUUUUUACGUUACUCUUCCUCAUCAUGCUGGUGCUGAAGUUGGAUGAGAAAGCACCAUGGAACUGGUUCCUCAUUUUCAUUCCAGUCUGGAUAUUUGAUACUAUUCUUUUAGUUAUGUUAAUUGUAAAGAUGGCUGGACGUUGCAAGUCUGGCUUUGACCCUCGCAAUGGCUCCCAGAACAUCAAGAAGAAAACCUGGUAUCUCAUUGCAAUGCUGCUUAAAUUAGCCUUCUGCCUUGCACUCUGUGCUAAGCUGCAGCAAUUCACCACAAUGAAACUAGCCUAUGUAUUUAUCCCAUUGUGGGCCUUGCUUAUUGGGGGUAUGAUUGAACUCGGCUACAAUAUUUUCUAUGUAAGAAGAGACUAAGCUGUACGUGGCUCUCCCGUCGGAGAUUUGGUACUGAUUUGCUGGAUUACUGGUUUUGCUACAGAUGUGAUCCCUAAACCAGAAUGCCUCCUAAGGAAACAUGCUGGAGACGUGACCUGUACCAGGCUGAAGACCAGACUUGUACCAUUUUUUAUUUUAAAAUGGUCAAACCUUCUCUUGUAAAUAAAAGUAUUUGUUCCAAAUAA